AUGGCGGAUUUCCAACGACAUUGUGAGUCAGCUAAAGAGCUCUAUGGCCAGUUAAUGGAACUCAACUCCUUGGAAAUUUCAAAGAGACUAGCGUGUUUCAUAAAUCAAUACAGUUUAGUGCUUGAUCAUGAGAUUCUGGGGGACAUUGGCAAAAUAAAGAAUAUGUGUGAGGCCAUAGAAAAUGAAGCCUUGAAGUACGUCCGAAAGGCUAGAAACCUUGCAAACAUAACCCACGAAACAGCUGAAUGGCUGGACAUUGGCUCUGGAUACGAUAUCUCUGGUAUGUAUUCAAAAGUUACACGAGACAUCUCCAACAUUUCUAGACUGGUUGAGGAAAAACUAGACGAAGCGACCCAGUCCUUCCACGAAGCUAAACUCACCAAAAUCUGCGCCAUACCAGUACUUGGCAUGAUCGCUGGCCCUGCUAUAAGAGCUUUCCAGUUUGCAGACACAGAACCCCACACUUUUGGAAAGGUUCUCGCUAGUUGCGCAGGAUUUGGUGCAGGAAUGUUUGAAGGUGCCUUGUCUACUGUCACGCUGGGCGUACCGAUGGCUGUGGCUCAUUCAAAUGAAAAAAGAUAUGCAGAGCAGCAUAAGGAAUACGAAGAGAUCAAAGGGAUUCUCGAGCAGUUUCGUAACUCAGUGAGCCGACACAAUGUUCUGCUG